AUGGACGCCGACGUGCGCAAGUGUGCACAAGAAGCCUUGGACAAUGGGCCUGAUGAGGACGAGCAGUCAGAAAGUGGUUGCAACUGGAUUGGUGGAAUCUUGUUGGCCUGGACGUCUCCUCCAGUGGUCCGCGAUGUGAAGGCUAGUGUCCAGAAGAAUUUCCGAAGGCCGAUCUCUCCUGGUGAUGUUCUUCACUCAGUGAGUGGACAUGAAGUGGAGAACAUGUCACGUGCAGACAUCCUUCGUGCUCUCACCCGUUUUGAUGGUGGGCUUGGCUUUCGCGCGAAGCAGGCUGCCAACAUCAGUCUGGCGGAUUUGCUUCGAAAAACAGGAGUUUUGAUGUUUGCGGAGGAUUGUUGUUGCUACAAGGCCAGCAGUGCGGCAGCUCACCAGCUGACCCUGUUGCAGAUGGAAGUGGAAGCACCGCUUGCGGAUGAGAAGAUCCAGCGUUUGGAGAAGAAACUCUUCGGUGCCCUGGAUGGCGUAUCUUCCAGCGAAGAUGAUUCUGGCAGCUCAGAAUCUGAGUCUGAAGCAUCAGAGACAUCACAGGCAUCAGAUGCAUCAGACGCCUCGAGUCAAGGUGAUUUAGGGGAGAGGUUUCUUGACAGAUUGCUCGCUGGGGUGGGAGAUGGAUUCCCAGCUGCCAUUCGCCAGUCAGCGCAAGAAGCCCUAGCCAGUGGGGCGCAGGAAGAUGAAGAGUGCAAGAAAGGGUGCAACUGGAUCGGUGGCAUUCGCCUUUCCUGGACAUCGCCACCAACUGUGCGGGAGGUGAAGCGACAUGUCCAGGAGCAUUUCCCAAGGCCGAUCAAGCCUGGCGAUGCCUUGCGGAAGGUUGAUGGCAAGUCUGUGGACGGCUUGAACAGGCGGGAGAUCCUAGGUGAUCUCUUGUACCAGGUUGAUGGCAAGACCGUGAGCAAGCUGACCCGCAUAGAAAUCCUGAAGCUUCUUCAAAAAUACAAAGGCAGCAUUGGCUUCCAGAGCUGCCGGGACCAUGGCUUCCGCGAGUCAGCUCAAAACGCCCUGGCCAGUGGCCCACAACCUGACGGAGAGUGCGCAGAAGGCUGCAAUUGGAUUGGAGGGAUCUUGCUGGCGUGGACUUCUCCUCCAGUGGUUCGUGAUGUGAAGCCAGAAAUGCAGAAACACUUUCCAAGGCCAAUCUCUCCGCGGGAUGUGUUGCGCGCGGUGGACGCCAAGGAAGUGCAAGACCUCAGCCGCACAGCCAUCUUGGAACUCUUUCAGGAGUACAAAGGAGACCUUACUUUCAGGGCUGGCGGUGACAUGGACGCUGACGUGCGCAAGUCAGCGCAAGAAGCCCUGCAGAGUGGGCCGCAACCUGAUGCAGAGUGUGAAGAAGGCUGUGAUUGGAUAGGAGGAAUCUUGCUGGCGUGGACUUCUCCUCCUUUAGUUCGUGAG